GAAAAAAAGAAAAGAAAAAGCAAAAAAUAUGAUAAAGAAAAAGAUAAAUUUAAAAAAAUGGUAGGAGAGAUACAGUUACAACGGACUCAGCGAAGCAACGAACGGCCUUGUUUUCUGCACUCUGUGGACUGUGGGAGAGCAUUGGAUUUGGAGCUCACACUUGGCACUCGCACAUCGUUCUUCUGUCGUCAAUCGUCGCCGGAAAGUUCAGACUGUAUUUCAGUUCAUCUUCUGUUGUUGUUGUUGCUGCUGCUCUGUCUCCGUUGAAGGGGUAUCUUGUCUACCAGGAGUUUAGCAUAGUGGUCAAGUAGAAAUUUCUUCUGGCAGUGGAGAAGUUCGUCCUCUCAUUGAGUGGCAUGAUUGUGGUUCUGCUUCCUUUUUAGAUACUGUGCCUAAAUGAUGGUCACUGCCACCAUUGUUGGACUUAGUGCUGGAAAAAGGCUCCUCUGCUCUUCCUUUUAUUAUUCUGAUUUUGGUGAAAAACUGUCAUGUGGCAGCGAUCACACCUUACCAUGCCAUCAAGUUCUGUCUGUGAACAGUACUGUCAUGGCUAAGAAGUCCUCCAAUUAUAGCACAAGUUGUGUCUCCAAUCAGCGGAUGCAUUCCAUCAAGGCAAUAAAAGAGCAUGUGACUGUUGCCUCCAAUCUUUUCAACAUGGAGCCAUGUGUUCAAAGGAAUAAACAGCUUCAAAAGCAAAGCUCCGAGGAGGAAAAUCAGCUGGAGGAUCUCUUAUUGUUGCAGAAGUUUAUGCUGGAAAAGCAGUGGAAUCUGUCAGCUGAGAAAUCAACAAUGACUUACACUACAAUGGAAAAUAACUGUAAGAACAUUCAGGUUACUUGUUCAGGGACAUCUGCUCGACGGAGGAGAAUAGAUACUCGGAGGCAAAUUAUCCAGCAAAAAAAUUCUGUUGCUAAAAUUGAUACAAGCAAGCGAGUGAGAUCCAUCAUUGGUAUGGAGCAGCUUCAGAAUAGUUUAAAAGGCUACGUUAAGGGCAUUGUAAGUGAAGAGCUGCUCACACAUGGUGAGGUGGUGGAACUAUCAAAAAUGAUAAAACUUGGCCUUUAUUUAGAAGAACAAAAGUCUAGGCUGAAGGAAAGACUGGGAUGUGAUCCUUCAGAGGAGCAACUUGCAGUUUCCUUGAGGAUUUCUCGUACUGAUUUAAAAUUAACGAUGAUUGAGUGUUCGUUGGCUCGAGAAAAGCUGGCAAUGAGUAAUGUUCGUCUUGUCAUGUCAAUUGCACAAAGAUAUGAUAACAUGGGUGCUGAAAUGGCUGACCUUAUUCAGGGUGGCCUUGUUGGACUACUCCGUGGAAUAGAAAAAUUUGAUCCUUCAAAAGGAUAUAAACUAUCAACUUAUGUGUAUUGGUGGAUUCGUCAGGGUAUCUCCAGGGCAUUAGUUAAGAACUCAAGCAUGUUAAGAUUGCCAAAACAUCUUCAUGGAAGAUUGAGCCUAAUCCGGAAUGCAGAAACCAAGCUUAAAGAUAAGGGGAUAACUCCAUCAAUUGAUAGAAUUGCUGAAUCACUUAACAUUUCGAAAAAGAAAGUCACGAAUGCAACUGAGGCAGUCAGCAAGGUUUUCUCUCUUGACAGGGAAGCUUUCCCUUCUAUAGAUGGCCUUCCAGGAGAAUCACUUCAUAGUUAUAUUGCUGACAGUCACUUGGAAAACAACCCAUGGCACAGAGUUGAUGAGUGUGCACUCAAGGAUGAAGUAAACAACCUCAUUCACACAACACUAAAGGAGCGGGAGAGGGAGAUUAUCCGAUUAUACCAUGGGCUGGGCAAUGAGUGUCUUACCUGGGAAGAUAUUAGUAAAAGGAUAGGAUUAUCGAGAGAGAGAGUUAGGCAGGUCGGGCUGGUGGCAUUCGAGAAACUAAAACACGCUGCAAGGAAAAACAGACUGAAAGCCAUGCUGGUGAAACAAUGACGUUUUGGAACGUUUCUGGCAAUGGUAAAAUUCACUGUAAAUACACAAAUCGAGCCAUCAUAUAUUCCACUUUCCAGACAGUUGAGAGAUUUUCUUUCUCGGAAGAUUUUACAGAAACACUAAUAUAAAUCCUAAUAGAGUUGUCUGUCAGAUGUAGCAAACGCGUUUUAAAUUCCCGACAGUCAGGAGCGAACAUAGCGUAUUGUAUAUUUGUAUGUCAUCUAAACUUUAUUUUGGAAAAUUAUUUUAAUCCAGAAUUCAUAGUAUUCA